AUGCUCAACGUCAUUGCCUUUCCCGUUUCCGACCCAUCCAAUCAUCUCUAUGCGUGUAACUGCGUCAACAUUUCAAGUCGCUUCCUGUUUCCAUUCAUUAACACGACGUGCCGCUCCCCACCCCUCUUUUUUUCCAUCUCCUGCAGGCAGCUGGAUCGUAACGCUCUCUCAGGCCCCCUGCCAGACAACAUGACUUCGCUCACCAACAUGGUGUACCUGGAUCUCUCCUACAAUGCUCUCUCGGGCACUCUCCCUUCCUGCUGUGUUGAUGCUACAGUUCUGUCUCACUCACUCCCUUGUUUCCCCCAUCAUCACAACCCCCCUCUGCUCUCCCACAGGGAUCUCUCCUACAAUGCUCUCUCGGGCACUCUCCCUUCCUGCUGUGUUGAUGCUACAGUUCUGUCUCACUCACUCCCUUGUUUCCCCCAUCAUCACAACCCCCCUCUGCUCUCCCACAGGGAUCUCUCCUACAAUGCUCUCUCGGGCACUCUCCCUUCCUGCUGUGUUGAUGCUACAGUUCUGUCUCACUCACUCCCUUGUUUCCCCCAUCAUCACAACCCCCCUCUGCUCUCCCACAGGGAUCUCUCCUACAAUGCUCUCUCGGGCACUCUCCCUUCCUGCUGUGUUGAUGCUACAGUUCUGUCUCACUCACUCCCUUGUUUCCCCCAUCAUCACAACCCCCCUCUGCUCUCCCACAGGGAUCUCUCCUACAAUGCUCUCUCGGGCACUCUCCCUUCCUGCUGUGUUGAUGCUACAGUUCUGUCUCACUCACUCCCUUGUUUCCCCCAUCAUCACAACCCCCCUCUGCUCUCCCACAGGGAUCUCUCCUACAAUGCUCUCUCGGGCACUCUCCCUUCCUGCUGUGUUGAUGCUACAGUUCUGUCUCACUCACUCCCUUGUUUCCCCAUCAUCACAACCCCCCUCUGCUCUCCCACAGGGAUCUCUCCUACAAUGCUCUCUCGGGCACUCUCCCUUCCUGCUGUGUUGAUGCUACAGUUCUGUCUCACUCACUCCCUUGUUUCCCCCCAUCAUCACAACCCCCCUCUGCUCUCCCACAGGGAUCUCUCCUACAAUGCUCUCUCGGGCACUCUCCCUUCCUGCUGUGUUGAUGCUACAGUUCUGUCUCACUCACUCCCUUGUUUCCCCCAUCAUCACAACCCCCCUCUGCUCUCCCACAGGGAUCUCUCCUACAAUGCUCUCUCGGGCACUCUCCCUUCCUGCUGUGUUGAUGCUACAGUUCUGUCUCACUCACUCCCUUGUUUCCCCCAUCAUCACAACCCCCCUCUGCUCUCCCACAGGGAUCUCUCCUACAAUGCUCUCUCGGGCACUCUCCCUUCCUGCUGUGUUGAUGCUACAGUUCUGUCUCACUCACUCCCUUGUUUCCCCCAUCAUCACAACCCCCCUCUGCUCUCCCACAGGGAUCUCUCCUACAAUGCUCUCUCGGGCACUCUCCCUUCCUGCUGUGUUGAUGCUACAGUUCUGUCUCACUCACUCCCUUGUUUCCCCCAUCAUCACAACCCCCCUCUGCUCUCCCACAGGGAUCUCUCCUACAAUGCUCUCUCGGGCACUCUCCCUUCCUGCUGUGUUGAUGCUACAGUUCUGUCUCACUCACUCCCUUGUUUCCCCCAUCAUCACAACCCCCCUCUGCUCUCCCACAGGGAUCUCUCCUACAAUGCUCUCUCGGGCACUCUCCCUUCCUGCUGUGUUGAUGCUACAUUCUGUCUCACUCACUCCCUUGUUUCCCCCAUCAUCACAACCCCCCUCUGCUCUCCCACAGGGAUCUCUCCUACAAUGCUCUCUCGGGCACUCUCCCUUCCUGCUGUGUUGAUGCUACAGUUCUGUCUCACUCACUCCCUUGUUUCCCCCAUCAUCACAACCCCCCUCUGCUCUCCCACAGGGAUCUCUCCUACAAUGCUCUCUCGGGCACUCUCCCUUCCUGCUGUGUUGAUGCUACAGUUCUGUCUCACUCACUCCCUUGUUUCCCCCAUCAUCACAACACCCCCUCUGCUCUCCCACAGGGAUCUCUCCUACAAUGCUCUCUCGGGCACUCUCCCUUCCUGCUGUGUUGAUGCUACAGUUCUGUCUCACUCACUCCCUUGUUUCCCCCAUCAUCACAACCCCCCUCUGCUCUCCCACAGGGAUCUCUCCUACAAUGCUCUCUCGGGCACUCUCCCUUCCUGCUGUGUUGAUGCUACAGUUCUGUCUCACUCACUCCCUUGUUUCCCCCAUCAUCACAACCCCCCUCUGCUCUCCCACAGGGAUCUCUCCUACAAUGCUCUCUCGGGCACUCUCCCUUCCUGCUGUGUUGAUGCUACAGUUCUGUCUCACUCACUCCCUUGUUUCCCCCAUCAUCACAACCCCCCUCUGCUCUCCCACAGGGAUCUCUCCUACAAUGCUCUCUCGGGCACUCUCCCUUCCUGCUGUGUUGAUGCUACAGUUCUGUCUCACUCACUCCCUUGUUUCCCCCAUCAUCACAACCCCCCUCUGCUCUCCCCACAGGGACCUCUCCUACAAUGCUCUCUCGGGCACUCUCCCUUCCUGCUGUGUUGA